CAAAAAAAAAGGGAUGCGGAAGUGACGUGACAUUUUGCCCUACACCACCGACGGAGUUGACAACAAAAAUAGUUAUUUUGUGUGUCUGUGUACAAUUUUUCUUCUGUUCACCGUCACAAUCUCACAGUAGGUGCUGCAUUGCUAUGACGACGUUCCUAUAAAGAUUCUCAGGCUUUUUGCCUUCACAAGCCUCCAUUUAGAGGUAUUUUCACCCGACGGUUCAAGCCGCUCUCCUACGUCACAGACCCAACUUGUCAGUUUUCCGUCAAUGGCGUGUACUUUAGAGAAAGUGUUGUGCGAUGCUCGGGCCCUUCUGGACAGACUGAAGGAGCACGACACGGCCGCCGAGGGACUGAUAGACCAAACCGGGGCCCUUGGACGGAGGGUGCAGAGCAUGAAGGAGGUGGGGAAUGCUCUCCCAGACAAGCACACAGGAGACAAUACAGAGAUUCAAGAGCUGAUGACGUACAAGCCCCAUGUCCUUCUGACUCAGGAAAACUCUCAAAUUAAGGAGCUGCAACAAGAAAAUAAAGAACUGUGGCUAUCUCUUGAAGAACACCAAUACGCCCUGGAGCUAAUCAUGGGUCGGUACCGUAAGCAGAUGCUCCAGCUGAUGAUGGCAAAAAAGGAGCUGGACACCAAACCGGUGCUCAGCCUUCAUCAGGACCACGCUAAAGAAGUGCAGAGCCAGGUGGAGCGGAUCUGUGAGAUGGGCCAGGUAAUGAGAAGAGCCAUGCAGGUGGACGAUGAGCACUACUGCUCCAUCCGGGAGCGGCUGGCUCAGCUAGAGAUUGAGAACAAGGAGCUUCGGGACCUUUUGAACAUUAGCAAAGGGUCGAUGAAGACUGCGAAAGAUGAUGGCGCCCAGCCGCCAUCACCCCCACCAGCAGCCCAGUGGGAGCAUUCCCCACUGCCGGCGUCUGAUGAGUGAGCAGAGCAGCUUCUGCCUGUACUGUGGCUGGGCAAAAGAAAAGAAACCAAACAGGGUUUUGUAUUUUCUGGUUAAGGUCACUUGAACACAGCAUUUUAGCUUUCAUGAGCAUUUACCCGCGUGUGGGUUAUGAAAGCUCUUGUAAAGCAUCACUGUACAGUAAUUGUAUGGUCACUGCUGUCAUGUUAGAGUGGAUUUAUCAUAACCUGUGAUGCUAAUUACAUCUUUGAUUUGUGACUAAGAUACUAAAAGCAGCAAGGGAGAUUUGUUUUGUAUUUUGGAAUAAAGACACAGUUACUCUUCAGAGAUACAGAACAGAAAACUUUCAACUGCUAGACAGUGGAAACAAAUUCAGGAGCAGUAUGUCAUUGUAAACAUAAUUCUUCAUUAUAACAAGAAAUGAAACUCAAACAAGGUUUGUGUUUAUAAUGAAAUGAGUUUUAUGUUGUUAAAAGGAUAAACUUUCUUGUUUCACCCCAGUGUAAGACUGCGUGCUCUCUGCCAAAAAAUUACUUUUCACAAAGUUUCACCUGCUGCACAUAAUGCAUUUAUACUUUUAAUAUGUUUGUUAGUCACAUAGAAUGGAUUUUAACGUUCAAGGGACUAUUGUCAGUUUCCACAUUUGGAAGCAGAGGAAAUGUACCAAACCAGUUCAUGACACGUCUUUGUACAAAGUAAAAGAUUUUAAAAUAUGCCAA